CAGGCUGUUCUGCUACAGCCGGUAAGAAGGCUGGGAAGAUGGCCGCCUCCUGGAGGCUAGGCUGUGACCUGCCGAUGCUGCGUUAUCUCCUAGGCUUCGGCGGCGGGAGAGGCCUGGGGCUGGUUAAGGGGGCUCCUUUUGGCCGCGGAGCUAGUUGGAGAUGGUUUCACAGCACGCAGUGGAUGCGGGCUGAUCCUAUUAAGAUACUAAUGCCAUCACUGUCUCCGACAAUGGAAGUGGGGAACAUUGUGAAAUGGCUGAAAAAGGAAGGUGAAGCUGUGAGUGCUGGAGAUGCCUUAUGUGAAAUAGAGACCGACAAAGCUGUGGUUACCUUAGACUCCAGUGAAGAUGGCAUCCUGGCCAAAAUAGUGGUUGAAGAAGGAUCUAAAAAUAUACGGCUGGGUUCGCUAAUUGGUUUGCUGGUUGAAGAAGGAGGAGAUUGGAAACAUGUUGAAAUUCCCAAAGAUGUAGGUCCUCCACCAGCCACUUCACAACCAUCCGUGCCUCAGCCCUCGCGAGAACCACAGAUUUCUGCCCCUGUCAAAAAGGAACACACACCGGGAAAAAUGCAGUUUCGUUUAAGUCCAGCUGCCCGUAAUAUUCUGGAAAAACAUGCACUGGAUGCUAGCCAGGGCACAGCCACUGGCCCUCGGGGGAUCUUCACUAAAGAGGAUGCUCUCAAGCUUGUCCAGUUGAAGCAGGUGGGCAAGAUCACCGAAAGCAGACCAGCCCCAGCCCCUCCAAUAGCUCCCACCGCACCUUUGCCCUCACAGGCCGCAGCUGGGCCGUCUUAUCCCCGGCCAAUGAUCCCACCGGUGUCAACUCCUGGACAGCCUAACGCAGCGGGCACAUUCACUGAAAUCCCAGCUAGCAAUAUUCGGAGAGUUAUUGCCAAGAGAUUAACUGAGUCUAAAAGUACUGUACCUCACGCAUAUGCUACUGCUGAUUGUGACGUUGGAGCUGUUUUAAAAGUUAGACAAAAUUUGGUCAAAGAUGACAUUAAAGUAUCAGUAAAUGAUUUUAUCAUCAAAGCAGCAGCUGUUACCCUUAAACAAAUGCCAAGUGUUAAUGUAAGCUGGGAUGGAGAAGGCCCAAAACAACUGCCCUUUAUUGACAUUUCAGUGGCUGUGGCAACAGAUAAAGGUUUAAUUACACCGAUCAUAAAAGAUGCUGCUGCCAAGGGUAUACAAGAAAUUGCUGACUCUGUAAAGGCUUUAUCAAAGAAAGCAAGAGAUGGAAAAUUGUUACCUGAAGAAUACCAAGGAGGAUCUUUUAGUAUUUCCAACUUGGGGAUGUUUGGCAUCGAUGAAUUUACUGCAGUGAUCAACCCUCCUCAGGCCUGCAUUUUGGCUGUUGGGAGAUUCCGACCUGUGCUGAAGCUCACUCAGGAUGAAGAAGGAAAUGACAAACUACAGCAGCACCAGCUCAUCACGGUCACGAUGUCCAGUGAUGGCCGAGUGGUAGAUGAUGAGCUAGCCACCAGGUUUCUUGAAAGUUUUAAAGCAAACCUAGAGAAUCCUAUUCUACUUGCCUAGCCCUCACGGAUAAAGCCAUUACCCACAAACAUAAACUAUACGGAAAAACAAUUAUGUAUUUAAGUGUGAAGUGGAUGAAAUGUUUAUUUAUUUAAGGUGAAAAAGUUGGACCUGAGUUGUCUGCAUUUUCAGUUUGGGUUUAAUGUUGUAGUAAUAAAUGAUAACAAACUGUUACUGAUGAGAAAGAACAUUUAGUUAGAUCCAUUUUUAAUAUUUGGUGCUGUGCAACGGCGGUGUUAAACUAGAUGUAAAUUAAAUUAUGUUUUUGAUUCCUUGCAACAUUUUAGAGUAUUUGAAAAUGUAUGAUAAAUUGUAAACUCAAAACAAUUGUUAACAUUUCUACUUAAUUGUAUUGAAAUUAGGAGUAGUCUUCAAAGAGAUGCCCAUUAAUUUAGCAGUGGGACCUCACUUUGACAAGCACUGCUCUAGAUAUACUUGAACCAUUUAAUAUGUACAGAAGUUUAUUCUGGAUAAUGGUAAAUAAAUAAGGAUCACAUUGUAUUAGGGGUUGUGGCAACAUUAUUGAACUUUUUAUGUAUAUAUAGCCAUAUGUUUUAGAGUGCUUUCUAUAAUAUCAGUCAUAUUUUUUACUACUGUAACACUGUGAACUUCUAAAGAGAAAGAAUAAAAAUAAUCAAAACUGGAGAGAGACCAAAAUAUUUGUUUGUUUCAAUGAUAAACUAUAGUUUAAAUAUCUAAACCCUCAGAAAUAAGUGCUCGCCUUCAUACUAAGUUGGAAUAUAUUAAAUUAUGCUAUUUCCUAUCAAACAUUUUAAGUUAGUGUUGAUUUAAACACACAAUGUUUCAAGUUAGUAUUGUGCAAUAAGAUGUGAGAAAAUACAAAAAUUUCUGUUGUGUUUUAAGUGUUUCCGGCACAGAUGUUUAGGGAAAACUUGAAGUAGAUUAGUAAUUUCCCUGGAACAGCUUGAAAGGGACUCCACAGAAGGAAAGAAGGAAUUUAAAAUUAAUAUGACAUUGGGAAAAUAACAGAUAAGGAAUGUAAAACUUUGGAAAGAGAGUAGAAGAGAAGGCUUAUGAAGCAGGUGAGAACUAUCUUUUAGUGAAAUUUUCACUAAUUAUUGUAAAGGUUAGAAGAGCUUAUUUCUCUCUUUUAACAACUCUGCUACAACUGGCAAGAUAGCUGUACCGAAAUUGGAUGGUAAUUUAAUUAAUCAGUCACAGAAAGGCUCGUGUUAGUAGCUGCCGGCGUUAGUAUCU